UAAUUAAGAACAUUACAACUAAUCAUAGUUUUCAUGAAAGAUUGCUUGGAUUUUGUCCAAGCAAGCUUUCUGAAAGUAACAAACAUAAAUAGGAAAAUCUAGAAAAGUUUUGGACAUAUUCCCUUUCAAUUAUUUUGAAGAGAAUCAAAAUUUUUGCCUUUAUUCUCUGUUUGAUGAGCCAUUCAUGACAAUUCAAGAAAAACUUAAUCAAAAAGUUUUUAUUCACCAAUAAACCAACUUUAUACCCUUUAAAUUCCUUGCACAUUUUCAUUAUUUGCUUCAUCAAAUUCAUUCGUUUUUCAUUCUUUGAAAAAUAGUUUCUCUUCUUCUUGACAAGAACCGGUUAUAUCGAUUGUAAAUAAUGAAGAGUAGUCUUUCGGAUUGCGUUACCGGAAUCCCAAUCAAUUUUGCUAAUGGUGUUCGCGAACACGUGAGAUUGGGUCCAAAAAUCUAUGAAACAGUGAAAGGAAAGUUGAGUUUAGGAGCAAGAAUUGUUCAAAGAGGUGGAGUGAAGAAAAUUUUCAAACAACUAUUUAGGGUCCGCGAAAGAGAGAAGUUAUUGAAAGCUUCUCAAUGUCAUUUAUCAACCACUGCUGGUCCAAUUGCUGGAUUACUAUUCGUAUCAACAGAAAAAGUUGCAUUUUGCAGUGAUAGAUCUCUUACAUUCUCUUCACCAAAUGGGGGAUUCAUUAGGACACCUUACAAGGUGGUGAUACCAAUAAAGAAGAUAAAGAGAGUUGAAGAAAGCGAAAAUGUGGAUAAACCGAAACAAAAGUAUAUAGAAAUAGUAACAGUUGAUCAUUUCGAUUUCUGGUUUAUGGGUUUUGUGAAUUAUGAGAAAGCUUUCAAGUUUCUUUGACAAGCCAUGAACAUCUCUAGUCAGUAACAAAGGACCAAUAUUCUCACUUCAUAAGUGAUUCAUAGUGACCAUUUCGAAUACCUUGUUGUUGUUUUGUCAUCUUUUUAUUUGAUGUUCUUUCCCGAAGGAAAAGAAAGGUCAAAAUGUGUAUAAUUUUGUAAGAAUUAGUGAGAAAACGAUUAUAAUCCUUCAAUCUUUUUUUAAUCAUCCUGUAAAUAUAACAAUAUUGUAUUUUAAUCCAUGGCCGUUUAGUCUAAUUUUGUAUCC